UCCUCUGAAAAUUCUGGAAUCAUCAUUUGACAGCGUAAAUUGUUCUACGAUUGACUGACGACCGGUCCAGAUUAAAUCAGAGUGAGCCAUACGACGUUUGUUCCAAUAGCGAUUUACCUUGCUGGGGAGUUAGCUGACGUCAUGUGAUUUGGACUUCAAGAGAAAUCGAAAUCAUUCCCCUUGCUCCCCCUGCUCGUCGAUCACACCAUUUUGUUUGCUCAUCAAUGAACUUCCUCACUUAAAGAAGGGAGUAAGAAUGGACUCGCAAAGGCAGAAACGCAAGAAAGAAAUACAAGAAGCUCUGAAUUUCAUACAGUCUUCAGUCCCAUAUCCAGAUCCUGAAAGCUACAAGGUGUCUUAUAAUGUCGGAAAUGUUCAAAACCCUUUGAGUAGAAUUGCACCAGUCAGUUUUCCUAGCGUGGCUCAAUGCGUUGCCCUUCGCAACGCAAAUGACAUGCAACAGUCUGCCAUCUCAGACUUGGACAGGCAAGACGCUUUGGAGGACUGUGAGCUGUUAGGAGAUGACCUGGACAACCUCCUUGAUUGUGUCCCCAAUGAACAUUUACCUGCUGAGGUCCACAAUCCGAAAGUAGCCUCACCUCCCAGCGGGCAAAGAACUUUUUUGCUUCCUGCCUCAAGGCCUCAGCUCCCCCCAGCCUUCUUUUGCUCUUCCAUGACUCAAUUUAACCCCAAGAGCUCCCUUUCCUUCGGUGGUCACAACUCACUAGAUGCCCUUGAUGACCUAUCAGCUCCACAGGGUCCGCAUUCCUCUGAUAACCUCCCUGGAGGUGGAGAUGAUAUGCGUUUGAAGUCACUAGAUUCCCUAGAUGACCUCUUGAUGGCAACGGCUUGCGGCGUAGCGCCAAAAGCCACUCAACCCAAAACAAACCUGAAAGAAUUAGAUAACUCUUUUGAUGACUUGCUUGAUAAAUAUCAACCUGCGAGGCUCACCUGUGACCCAUCCGCUCAACUGGACUCGCUCGAUUCCUUGGACUCGUUUCCCGCAAGAAAUUCUGUGCCCGUACGCCCGCCCAAGGGAACAAACCUGGACUCACUCAGCAAUUUCAGCUCUUCUGCGACACAAACUUCAGUCUCAAACCCUCUGUGGGCCACUCACGACUUCACGCAGGCCUGUCGGAAUUGCAUUCCUCACGAAGGUCAAGGGGUUCACUCCUUCAUUUACAAGCCCGAGCCAGGCCACAACUGUAAGCGAGACAUUCUCCUGUGUAGACGAAAGACGGCUUUACCUUCGGAAUGGACCAGAGUGCGACAGCCACCGACAUGGACGUUCAUCACGGGGCCUUUUCUCCUCUGCAAACACCAGCCAAAGUAUGGAGAUCUUGGUAUCUGUAAGUUUGGGGAAAAAUGCAACUAUGCCUACAACCAGCUGGAAAUUGACGUUUGGACCGAGGAAAGGAAAGGAACCCUGGACAGAAACCUGCUUUUCGGACCAUCGGCUGUUACCGACAUAGACCCCGUGAACAGCAUCAUACGCCUUCGACAGGAACACAAGGGCAAUUUCAGCUUCCUCUGUCAGGAGUGCUAUGACAGCAAACCUCGGAUUAUCAGUAGGCGCUGCCGAGACAAUCACACAGUGUGCUCAAACGUGCACGUCCACCACUCCUUCGAUGCUAACAAGUGUUUAGCGUUUGAAGUGAGGACCACUCAGUGCAACUACAGAAAAGUGCGUCCAUUUAAUAUACUGGCCCACUUUAAACUGUGCAGCCAAAAGUCACAUGACGGAUGCCUCGGGGAGGACAAGUGUCAUAACGCUCAUUCCGUCAUCGAGCUGCAAACCUGGAAGGUGCAGAGGGACACAGGUAUCACUGCUGAUGAGAUUGUUAAAGUCUCGGCAAAAUAUGAUAAAGAGGAGCAGAAUGCCGGAAACGAAAGAUCAUUGAGAUCAAGUCGACAGGCUACUGCUGCUGCUGCUGCUGCUACAAACGGUGUGGAAAUACUAAAAGGCAAAAGUUUGAACAUGAAGAUGAAGUUUAUCUGUGCAAGCUGCUUCCAAGACGGCCACAUAAGUACGCCAGACGUACAUCUCAAGUAUUGCUCCAACAAGGCCAAGCACCCGUGGAUGAGAGAGCAAAACACGCUCAUGGUGAAGUCCUUGGAUCAAAAUAAAUGGGUCCCUGCCAGACCGCUUCCAACCAAAUACUUUCCUGCACAAUAUCAAUUGUGCAAACAAAUCUUGGCAAAGAAGAAAUGUGACUACGCUGACAAGUGCUCCUUUGCCCACAGCCCAGAAGAAAAAGAGAUGUGGAUGUAUAUGAAGACUCAAAAUGUCAUCGACAUGCUGCAGAUAUACAAAAUGUGGCUGACAUUAAGCGCACAAAAUUGCCAAGCAGACAAAACCGUGCCCGCCCAAGAAAAAGACAUUGUCAUGCCGACAGAUAAUCCGGAAGCAAUGUGCGGCAUCUACUGUCCUCUGUGUGGCAAGCACAGUAACGGCGAGCGACAAUGGCAGCAACACAUCUCCUCCGCCAAGCACAAGGAGCGCCUGUUCAGUUGUGAAGGAGAAGACGAGGCUUUGAAAUGGACCCACCGCUUCCCCGGUGUGUCCUUCCAGCUCUGCACCAAGUCCGAAGCUGACUGCCCUGAAGGUGCCAGUUGUGACUUUGCCCACAGUCGUGAGGAGUUGCAGGAGUGGAUUGAGAGACGGAAUUUCCUGCGGCGCAAAUUGGACAAAGCCAGGGAAGACCUUCUCAUCAUGCCUGAUGAUUAUGACUACGGCCAGUACAACUUUCUACUUCAACACUAAGAAUUACAAAAGAACAGAAAUGUACUUUUUUUUUUGUCCUGACUGCUUUGUUUUGUGUUGUUGUUUUUUCCUCUAUUGCUCGUGAAAUUGCCCCAAUAAAAAUUAAUGACAAAAUCCUGCACAGCAUAGUCAUACAACUCUACACAAAAGAAAAUAAUUCUAUGCAGACAAUGUCAUCUUGUAAUUUGAUAAGUGGCAUGAUGAAGUUUAUUUCCACUUUUGUUUACAUCUGCUAAGAUUUUCUGAAUAAUAGGGUUGUGUUGUUUUAAAACCUGUAGUUCACUGUUUCAUCUUAUUGUGGAUGAAUUAAAGUUUGUAUCCUGUGCAUUCCGAUUUUUGUUAAAUAAAACCAAAGCUACUGAAAA